AUGUCCAAAGUAGCAGCCGAGGCCUCGCUCAGAUCGAGCGGGCGGCUGACUCGUGCUUCCGUGCACGCGCGUCUGUACAGCUGGAUUCGACGAGGGCAGCGGGAUCUGGUGAGGGCGGCCGAGACCAGCAGCUGGCGGCGGAAUCCACUAAGGAGCGGCGCCGGCAAUGGAACCAGACAACCAGUCGAUGGAGGACUGGCAAGGACGCACCAAAAAGAUAGAGCCGGGAGACCUGUAGAUUCAGCCGAAAGACAAGCAGCAGAAAGGAUACCUGAGAAGAUGAUACAGUUUUCUAAUUCAGCCAUGUCUACCCUAAAAGAAGCUGAUUUUUUCACUCCUGAUUCCAAGGAUUCUAGUGUCAUUCAUAUGGAUUUAGACCGCAGCUUCUUACCAGUACCUUCUCCACUGGGCGGCUCCAUUUUAGCAAGUUUUGCUCGGCGGAACGUCAUGGAUUUUGAAACUGACGUUCGUUCCAGCAUCGAACAGCUGGUGGGAGAUAACUAUGGUUUCCCAGGAGACAGUUGUCCCGACGUUACAUUUAACAACCGUUCAUGUGGCUUCUCUAAGGAAAUUAUAUAUGGCAGCACCUGUCUCACACUCUUCAACAAGCUUGUCCUUUGCUGUAUGAGGGAGCAAGGCGCCUUCCUUUUCCCCAUGGGCACCAAUGGGCACUAUGUCUCGGCAGCAAAGUUUAUGAAUGCAAAAACAUUGACGAUUCCAACAAAUGUACGUUCAGGCUUCAAGAUUGAACCGACCGCUCUAAGAGCAGCUCUGGAUGAUGCAUAUGAGAAUGAGAAUGUAUGGCCAUGGGUGUAUAUUUUUGGCCCUACAGUUAACCCUUCUGGUUCCCUGUACAGUGAUGACGAGAUAAAAGAUUUGCUUUCCAUUUGUGCUGAACAUGGAGCUAGGGUAGUGAUAGACACCUCCUCCUCUGGUCUGGAGUUCGAAACCGGAGAUGGCCGGAGCCUGUGGAAUUUGGAUAGUUUUUCUUAUAAUAUUGCUUCAUGUCUCGCACUCCGCGUUUUUAUGCUUGGGGAGCUGUCCCUUCAGCUGACCAUGAGUGGGUUUGACUUUGGGUUUAUGAUUUACAUUGACCCGUCCUUGAUCAAACAUAUGUUAACAAGCCUGAGUCAACCACACCACACAUUGAAGUAUACUUUCAGAAAACUGUUGUGUCUUAAGAACAAGAGGGACCAGCGCUUCUCUGAUCUCAUUGAGGAGCAAAAGGAGACACUGAAGCAUCGUGCCGAUAAGUUGACUAAGACACUCGAGAGCUGUGGCUGGGAUGUCGUCGGCUGCCAUGGCGGUAUCUCAAUGCUGGCGAAACCAACGGCCUACAUCGGCAAAUCGUUCAAGAUAGACACUUUCGAAGGCGAGCUCGAUGGCUGCAACAUCAGGGAAGCGCUCCUUAGAUCCACUGGACUCUGCAUAUCCACCAGCAAGUGGACCGGGAUACCGGACUACUGCCGGUUCAGCUUUGCUCCCGAGAGCAGCGAAUUCGACCAGGCGAUGGACUGCAUAACUCGGUUCAGGGAGUUGGUUCUAGGAGACAAUGCACAGAUGAAUGUUAAUAGUAGCUAGGGGUUAAUUUGAGUCAUCCUCAUGGAAAGUAAAACCUGAAGAGAUGUAGUAAUGUUUUUUCUUUUAUCUGCUUGGUAACUGAUUAUAAAAUGGAAAUGAGGUUUUCUGA